UUAUUGGGUGGACACUGACAAGAUUAAUGAGAUCUAUCCUUACAAGACAGAGGAAUACUCAGCUGAUUCAGUGAACAAGUUCGAUAUGGAUCCGGAUCAAAUUCCUUCAUGGCUAGUGGAUUGGAUACCUGAAGAAGGAGGCUACCUCAUUGGCGAUCUGCAAGCUUCUCGUAUGGAUUUUAGGUUUUUCAGUCUUGGAAAUCUUUGGUCUAGUAUUUCUUCCUUGGGAAACCUAAAACAGAAUGAGGGUAUCCCGAAUUUGAUUUAAGCCAAAUGGGAUGAUCUCUCUUAAGAUUUGUUAUCCUGCUUUGAAUAUGAUGAAUGGCGUAUAAUUACUGGCAGUGACCCAAAGAAUACGUGAGGCUUUUAUAUUCUGUGCGCUUUACUAGAUGUUUCUCAUGUAUACCCCUAAUCAGCACAACAGAUCUUGAGGAAUGGAGUUAUCCUCCUGGUAUUAUUGCAGCCCAUGGUCAUAUCACAAUGGAGGUUCUAGGCCAACCCUCCUAUGGCAGUUCACAUGGCAUGUACAUUGUACAAAGAAUGGGAGACCUGAAUUAGAACAGAGACCAGUUUAUUUGGCUGUGAAAACGUUGUCAUUGGAUCAGUGGCCUGAGAACUAUGACACACGCAGUGGAAGGUUUAUAGGUAAACAAUCCCGGCUUUUUCGGACACGGACAACCGCUGGCUUCCUGACAUCAAAGAUGCUUUUGAAGUAACCAGCUGGGAGGGCAUCAUUAUUGUUGUGUCUGUACUUAACA